UUUAGAAUCAACUGACUCAAUAAGUGGGAGUAUCUAAGAGGGGAGGGGUCGUAUGAGCAGAGCGUAGAUUGGAGGCUGAGCCUAAAUUUAGGAUUUACAACCUCCCACCCCCUAUUUGCUCCUCAUGUUAAAUACUAAAAUGUGAAUAUCUACAGAUCAAUAUUCACUGACUGAGAGCCAAACUUGAGACUUGAGACACCCCAAACAAUGAAUGUUAUAGCGGGCCUCUCAAAUGCCAAGAACAGCAGCAGGUUGAAGGACCUGGUCCCGGUACCUCAGCCCCUGUCAGAGGAGAAGAUGCAGGAGAGGGGCCAAUGGAGCAACAAACUGGAGUUCAUCCUGUCUGUGAUGGGGUCCAUCAUCGGCCUGGGGAACAUGUGGCGCUUUCCUUACCUCUGCUACAAGAACGGAGGAGGUGCAUUUCUCAUCCCCUACCUGAUCUUCCUGUUCACCUGUGGCAUACCUGUGUUCUUCCUGGAGACUGCUCUGGGCCAGUACACCAGCGAGGGAGGCAUCACCUGCUGGAGGAAGAUCAGUCCACUGUUUGAGGGUCUUGGCUAUGGCACCCAGAUCAUUGUGGCUCUGCUGAACUCCUACUACAUUGUGGUUCUGGCUUGGGGAAUCUUCUACCUGUCUUUCUCCUUCUCCUGGGAACUCCCUUGGUCCUCCUGUAACAACACCUGGAAUACAGAAAAUUGCGUGGAGUUUCAGAGGAGGAACAAUUCUGUCAACUACACCCUGCCCGAAAACUCCACAUCCCCCGUCAUUGAAUUCUGGGAGAGAAGAGCCUUGCGGCUGUCGUCCGGCAUCGACCACAUGGGCUCUCUGAACUGGGACCUGGCCUUCUGUCUGGCCAUCGCCUGGGUCAUGUGUUACUUCUGCAUCUGGAAAGGGGUCAAAUCCACUGGGAAGGUGGUGUACUUCACAGCUACCUUCCCCUACCUGAUGCUAAUAGUUCUGCUGAUUCGUGGAGUCACUUUACCUGGAGCGGACCUAGGGAUCAAGUUCUACCUUUACCCUGACCUGUCAAGACUAUCAGACCCUCAGGUAUGGAUGGAUGCAGGCACCCAGAUCUUCUUCUCCUAUGCCAUCUGUCUAGGCUCCCUCAUAGCAUUGGGGAGUUACAACAAGUACAACAACAACUGCUACAAAGACUGCCUGGCCCUGUGCUUCCUGAACAGUGGGACAAGCUUUGUGGCAGGCUUUGCCAUCUUCUCCAUCCUGGGUUUCAUGGCUUAUGAACAGGAUGUCCCCAUCUCAGAGGUAGCAGAGUCUGGUCCUGGUCUGGCCUUCAUUGCGUACCCUCGUGCUGUGGCCAUGAUGCCGUUUUCUUCACUAUGGGCCGUCUUCUUCUUCAUCAUGAUCAUCCUGCUAGGGUUGGACAGUCAAUUUGUGUGUGUAGAGAGCUUGACAACGGCCAUGGUGGACAUGUAUCCCGAGGUGUUUCGUCGUAAGAACCGCAGGGAGCUCUUUCUGGCUUUAGUGGCCUUCAUCUCCUUCCUCAUGGGCCUGGUCAUGCUGAUGGAGGGUGGGUUAUAUGUAUUCCAGCUGAUGGACUACUAUGCUGCUAGUGGCAUGUGUCUUCUCUUCAUGGCCAUCUUUGAGACGGUCUCCAUCGCAUGGGUCUAUGGUGUCGACCGCUUCUAUGAUAACAUCGAAGACAUGAUUGGCUACCGUCCAGGACCUUACAUUAAAUACUGCUGGCUGUAUGUCACCCCAGCCACAUGCAUUGCCACCUUUGCGUUCUCCCUCAUCAAGUACACCCCUCUGAAGUACAACAAUGAGUAUGUGUACCCCUGGUGGGGCUAUGUAAUAGGCUGGCUCCUGGCUCUUGCCUCCAUGGUCUGUAUCCCCUUCUGGAUUAUCUACAAACUCUCCACCACAGAUGGAACGUUCAGAGAGCGCAUUCACAUCCUCCUCCAGCCCUCUAACGACCUACCCAAAACCAAGAGAGAACAGGAGAGGAUGCUGGCCACCUUUGACCCCAAGGACGAGGGAGGCAUGGAGCCAGUAGGGGUACCAAUCAAAGAUGGCUACCUCCCAGUGGGGGUGAAGGACUCAAACUGCUAAUAAGACCCCAGUUACACCAUUGGAGUGACUAAUUCAGUUUAGUCAUUUUGGGAAAUGAACUGAAAUUCCAAUUCAAGAUAAAGUGUAUCAGGCAGCCCGAUAAGCAAUGAGAGAAAGGAACAAUUUUGCUCUUUUACACAACCCAAUGUGCUUUCAGGUAUAAAACAAGUCAACUGUUCAAUUACAAAAGCUUCUUUCUCAUUGUUCAAUGGACACUGAUCUCCACAUGUAUUUUAUUGUUGGUCUAUUGCCAAGUGAUAGAUUGUUGUUAGGCCUACUGUACUGUAUUCCAUGUAUUAAAGGAAUCAUCUCACAGGGCACAAUGUCAAUUCAACGUCUUCCGCGUUGGUUAAAUGUAAUUUCAUUGAAAUUAUGUGGAAACAACAUUGAUUCAACCACUGUGUUCCCAGUGGGAGGGUAAAGGAAGCUGUACAUUACAAAUGAGAUGAAUAACCGUUGAUGUUGUUAGAAUGUGGAUCAUUGCUAAACGAGGAUGUAUUGUCAUCUUUGUCAAUUUAACAAGAGCUAACAACGGUUGGGCUAAUAGAAAACGUGUACAAUAUGUUAAUGAUUGAUUUUCUGUGUAACAUGACUACAAAAGACUGUACAAAAUAAAUAUGAAUCUGUAUGUUUCGAAAUAAACAAAAUGUGUAGUAUCAGUA